AUGAGCCAACAAUCAAAACCACGCAUCGUCUCAGCGGCAGAAAUGCGCCAGCGAGAACUCCAAGGCUCUACUUUCUCAUCGCCAUCCACCGGUACACAAUCCACACCACAGAGAAUCACUCCAGGAAGAAGAACACCCCCAUUGCCACCAAAUGUUGAUAUCAGAAAGACGAAAGAAUAUAAAGCUGCCUCUAGAAAAUGGGUGUCGACUAUAGUCGCGUUACCGAUAUUAUUUUAUACGAGUUGGGAGUUGUAUGAGCGGACGUAUGGAUCGAAGGUGCAGAAGAGUCUUGUUGAUGCGAAUAGGAAGGCUAUGGAGGAGGCAUCUUCGAAGAGGUCCUAG